CUUCUGUGACGUUCAUUGUCAAUUUUACGAGGGAACGGAAUAGCAAGAAAGCUCCUCACUACGAUACUCAUCCAUGAAUCUGGCGAUCAUGUCCAAUGACGGAGUCGGUGGAUAUGGCCGCGAAGUUUGCUGGAAACAGACAUACCCUCGUGAUCAUCGAUUCAUCCCUCAUGGUCAUUCUUCGAAGCUGCGGGUGCAGGGAUAAAUGGCUACAUUCCCAUCCGACUGGAAGAUCCAUUGUUCCCGGGUCAGUCAUCGGAUCGGAAACGCGGGCAGGAUGGUCGCCACCGGGCCGCCACAUACAUGAUCGAGUCGUAGUCAUGGUGUAAAGGCUCUCAUGACUAUCUUCUGGCCGUCCAUGGCAUUCGUUAUGCGUGCUCCGUGCGCCAGAUAUAAAGCGUGGAUACAGGACAGACUCUCACCCCAUAUCUUGUGCGCGUCGAGGUAGCAAGAUGUUACGUGUUCUUUGGCCCGGGCUGUUGGUGAGCUUGCUCAUCUUGACAGCUAUCGCCACAAAAGUCUCGCGUGGGAGGAAUAGCACAUGUAUCCUCGAGCCCCUUGGCGAUGGGCAAGACGAUACUGAUCAGAUUGAGGCUGCCAUCAUGGAAUGCGGCCAAUAUGGUAGUACAAUUUUUGCUCCUGGAGUCUACAAUGUGACCAGGAAAAUGACCUGGAACCUCACAGAGUCUAGGAUUGACCUGCAUGGUUAUCUCAACUUUACUGCAAACCUCCCAUAUUGGAUGGACCCGGAGAACACCUACAGAGUUAUCUUUAUCCAGAGUCAAGCCUCUUGGUUCGUCAUUACCGGUAGCGACUUCAUCAUUGACGCACACAAUACCGGCGGAAUCAUCGGCAACGGCCAGUAUUGGUGGAACUGGUACGGCCUUGACACUCGCUAUGAUGGUGAUGGACGGCCUGUGUCCCUCACAGUGUAUCGGGCGAAGCGAGGGACUGUCGCGAACUUCCGGAUUGAAGGCCAGCCCUUCUGGUGCAAUGCUAUUGCUGAAUCGCAGGACUUCGUCUAUGAUGGAAUGUACUGCAAUGCCACAAACACGAAUCCCCACUAUUUUUAUCAAAAUGCGGUACCGAACACCGACGGUAUUGACACUUUCCGUUCCGACAACAUUAUCAUGCGCAACUGGGAUAUCACAUUAGGAGAUGACUGUCUAGCAAUCAAAGGCAAUUCUACCAAUAUAUAUGCCCAAAACAUCACCUGCCGCGGUGGAAACGGGAUUGCGUUUGGAUCAUUAGGUCAAUACCGCGACCUCUUUGACCAUGUCGAGAACGUUACUAUGGAAGACUUACAUAUGGUGCACCUCGACUCGAAAGUUCAGCCAAAUAUGGGUAGCGGGGCAUACUUCAAGUCAUGGACUGGAACGACGAUCGGUUUUCCGCCAAUUGAUGGAGGAGGAGGCCUCGGUCUGGUUACCAACAUCACGAUUCGCAACAUGGUGCUGGAUAACGUCAGUCUGCCGAUGCAUAUCUACCAGACGAAUGGAGGCCUUCCCGGAGAUGCGCCUUCGAAGCUACAGUUCGCCAAUAUAACAUUCUCAAACUGGACAGGGACCUCGUCCGGCAACGUCGUUGUGGAUUUCGAAUGCAGUCCCGCCGCGCCGUGCCCCGGGAUGGCGUUCCAGGAUAUUAACAUCACUGUGCCCAGCGGCGAGCCAGAAUAUGUGUGCUUGAAUGUCACGAGUGAGACGGGACUACCAGGAUGCAAUGCUACGGUGCAAUCGUGAGCAGCAUGAGUUUUGGGGAGGAUGGGUGAUGUUGGGACGCGCUUUUCAAGUAGUUGCACGUCUCGGGAAACAAAGAAUCCGUUGCUGCCGCUGUAAGGGUGCAGAUAGCAUUGAAUGAUCAUUUUGCAAUGGCAG